ACGAGGAACUGAAACUUUAUCCAUCCGCAUACAAUUUUCGAAUUUACAGUUUAACAUUUUGUGAAAGCUAAAUAGGAAUCGGGACUAUUGAAGAGAACGAUAUGCAAAUGCACAGAGCGUGCGCUGUUCCUUACAAGCAAAACUCUGGGUGGUAAGAGGCCCGUUCAAACUGUGCGCGGGUUUUUUUGUACAGCAGUGUUGUUUUGUAGCGUAAAUUCAACAACGCUGACCUCUGCGCGUAUCAUGUAAUUCAAAGCUCCGUUCCAUUCACUCUUUUCUACGGGAAAUAAAGCUAGUACUGCUUUGUAGUAAGUGUAAGCUUCCUUUCAUUUCGAGAGAUGUAGCGGGCUAAGCUACUAUUAGCUGGCUGCGUUUACGUAGUAAAGGAACAGGCGUCACAGACAAACACCAGCUUUGUUUUUAAGGAUCAUAAAAUGGCACAGAAAUACCCCUCAGUGAAAAGGCCAAGAAGAAAACUGUUUGGGAACGUGGAAAAAUGGGCAGCUAAACCGUCGGCACGAAAGUUGACAUUGGAAGAUGUUGAUGGGAUGUUUGAUGACAUUGAUUCGGGUGAUUUCCCAUCCUUGGUGCUUGAUUCCAGCAAUGAAAGUAAAAUUACACCUAAAGGAACGACACAGCCGCCAGUCAGCAAAAUGUUGCAGAAAGAAUGUACUGCACCAAGUCCCGAACAAAAUAUUGGUUCAGAAGUUCCUUUUAAGGAACAUGGUCCAGUAAAAACAUCAAGCCCAAUUGAAAGCAGCGCGUCUGUCAUUCGUGAAGCAGAACAGAGCAGCUCAUUUUCCCCAAUCUUGCUCCAUGUUGAUGAAGACGAAGAAGAACUACAUCUAGUCAAGACGGCUAGGAGCAAGCCAGUAGCAAGCCCGGUGCCACAGCUCAACGGGAGCUUUUCUGAGAGGACUGAAAGUCCCGUGGUCCAACAAGAAACAUCCGAAAAUCAACAAAAGUCCAUAUCAACAAAAACAGAAAGUGGGCCAAGUUCAGAAGAGUCCAAGAGCCCGAGCUUGGAGAAAACACCUGUGAAGACAUCGCAUCUAGGAAGAGAAACAACUCCCUUUCUACAGAAACUCAAAGAAGUUGGACAGACCAAAUUGACAAGGUCGAGGAAGCAGUUGACACCUGUGAAAGUACCACCACCGCCCAGACCUGAGCCUGAUGAUGAUUUUUUGAUUCUGGAUGUAGAUGAUCCACUUUGGAUUACCAUCCCAAAGAAAAAUGCCUCAAACCAGAUCAAGAGCAAAACAUCUAGCCAUGACUGCACAGUUGAGAGGAGGAGUUCGCCAGAGACUGCACCAAAGGAAGAGGCCCCUAAGGCGGUCGUGCAAAGUCUGAAAAAGAAGGGCAAAUUGUCAAAGAGGCAAUCUGCUCCAGUGGAAAGUGUUGAUGAUGUUCUUGUCAACAAUGACAAACCAAAUAAGAAGCGAAAACAACCCCUCGUGAAGACGUCCUCUAAAGAGACUGAAACAGUGGAAGGCCCCGUUGGUGGCAAGCGAGACAAAGUGCACUCCCCAGAGACCAAGAAAUUAGCUAAAAUGAAAGUGACGCACACAACUGAGUCAUUGACAAAGACACGGAAAGAAAAACACACAUCUGAAGGAGAAAAAAAUGUCUCUGACCAUGCUGUGGAAAACAUUCAUGAUCCACAGAGUGACGUGCAUCGAGAAGACUUGGAUUCUGUUCCAGAGGAGGAGCUCAUGAAAUCCCCGACAAACAAAGGUGGAAGACCAACCAAGUCAUCAUCUGCUCCAGAUGGAAAUCACAUUGAGAGUUGUCAAAUCCUGGAGAAGAGGAAACGAAACCCUCCCAAAGAGUUUUGGUUGGUUUCACCUCAGGAUACCCCAGAGCCAGAAUCCAAAGAUGAAUCGCCGGUUGUAAUGUCUAAACAAAACACAGCCAAACCUAGUUCACCUGUGAAAAAAUCUCAAGCUGUCUUAAAGAGGGGGAAAAAUGGAACCGUUUCAGAGACUCAAAGUUGUGAUAAAAAGGAUAAUAAAAGAAGUAAAAACAAAAGAAUCAAGAAUUCACUGAUCCAGGAUCGAGUCCAGGAACAAAAAAAUCUCGUACUACCAAGCCCCUCACAGCCGUCUGACCACAGCACACACUUGGGAGACCAACAAGCCAACUCUCAUCAGCUUUUAUCACCAAGCAGAGAUAAACGCAAAAGGAAACCUCCGGGUGAAUGGUGGAAGGUUGACGCCUUAGAGGAGGCAGAGACGUCGCCACCCGAUCUGCCGUCGUCCACUGCAAUUAAACCUUCAAAAGAAAGAGAAGCUCAUCCCAAACAAAUUGGAGGAUCUGGACAGCUGACUGUUAAGAGUGGUAGAAGAGCAUCAAAGCCUGUUGGGGGAGCUCUUGUGUCUCGCUUGAGCCAGAGCAGGAAACCCCUUAAAUCAAUCCCCAAAUCAACCAGGCAGACCCCCAGUGGAGCACUUCAGAGACACAGAUACCAAGAUGAAGCUGAGUUGCCUGCUUCAGGCUCCAAAGUUACACUCAUACAGAGGAAUGGCAGGAGUGCAUGCAAAGUCAUUGUGCAGGAUGAGAGCUCAGGCGAUGAGGGGCUGAACAACACGUUUGAUGUCUGUCUGAGUGGACCAUCAUCCAGGAUUGAUCUGGACGUGUAUGAGGACUCGGAUUUGUCAUCAUCCCAAAUGCCUCCGGCUGAGCUGUCGAUGUCUGACCUGUGUGCUCCCCCUCUCAAACCUAUGGUGCUCCAGCCCGUGGACAGAACUAACCUGACCCGCUGGCUGAUGAGUCUUUGGUCCUCUCCUGCUGUUGAUUCAGAUAAUGUUGCGUCCAUAUUGGAGCAAUUCCAGUGGUUCUUCUAUCAACACCGAGCGUUGGGCGUCAUGGAGGACUGCAACAAUGGAACGGUUUCAAGCGGGAUGUUCAUUCUCGGCUCCUACAUGAAGAAACCUCUCUGGGUGGAUCACAGCGCCACCACAGUGUUCCACUUGUCAACAAGUACUUUGAAGGUGACCGUCGACCUACAGGAGUCCUGCUACAUACCGGGUCACUCCUUCAUCGUGCCAUGCGGCCACGCCUACAGCAUCCAGAACCUCACCACUCUGCCUGCAGCCCUCUUCUUCACCAGGAUGCAAACCCAGAGUCCAGGCUGAUGAGUGUGUGUGUGGAGACGUAUGCAGAUGUACAUUUUGUGUAUCUUUGGUGACUUCAGUUGUUUAGUCAUGUCAUUGUUUUGUAAAUAGUUCACUUUUCUGUGAAGCAGUUCUGUCUUUCAGUGUUGUGUUUAUACAGAAAAGGACUUUUACUGCAUUUCAUUUUGGUCAAAGUGAAUGUUUUAUUGUUGUUAAGUUGUCAAAAAAGUUUUUGGAAUCACAACGCCUUCGUGACUUCAGUAAAAGUCUUUGUUCACUUUGCUUCCAGUUUGAUUUGAUUCAUUUUCAAGUUGUAUGUGCUUACAUCAGUGAGGCAGGUUUGAAAUCCACCUGUUUCCAAACUGUAUUUUUGGUCCUUAAUUAUUACUCACUGGCAUGUUGACAUCUGAUGUAUCAGCACAAGAACAAAUAACAGACUGUGCCCAAGCACUGGUUGCCCUUGCCCUAUGUCCCUUGAGCAUGCAACACUCUAAAGUAGAGCUAAAAGCUCAAAUCAUAUUGACAGUCUUGAGAAAGCAUUGUCACU